AUGACUGCAAUGUAUUGGGAUGCAUUCACCGUUGUGCUCCCGCAGCCCGUACAGGUCUAUGCACAAAGUGCCGAUCUUGUUCCAUCCAACAUAUCCUUUCGAGUCGAUGGCAACUCCACCAUCAGUACACUAUCAGAUCGAGGCGCUCAAAUAUCUCCCGAGGGCAUGGUUCAGGGACUCCUUUACGUGCCCAAUCUGAAUGCUUCGGACCCAUGCGCCGAUCUUUCAUCGCAGUUUCUGCCUCAAAACGUUACGCGAAGAGCAAACAUACCGAGUGUUGAGCGAUAUGCGCUGGUUGCAGUCGCACCAUGGGUGUCGGACCAUCCUGAAUGUGCGUUGGCCUACAUGCGCGCCACACAGGCGGACUCAAGCGCUGGACUCUUCUUUUUUCCAACACGCCCCAACGCAGCCUUCGCUGCACCCGUAUGGGAUACGCCAGACUGGGGAGUAAACGCAUCAACGUGGAAUGACUGGGUGCUUGGCGCUGAAUUUCCGAUAUGGGCAAUACCUCCGGACAGCGGAGCGACUUUGGUUCAAGAAUUAGGCAAGUAUUCUGGCAAUGUUUCUGAUGCUCCGUUCAGUUCGGAACUGGCUCGAGUUCAUCCGCCAACCGACGCAGCGCGGUUACUCGCGCGGGUAGCCCUCAACACCUCCAGAGACAGCAAUCCAGUUCUUGGCAGACUGUGGGUUUUCGCCAUUCUCGUCCUUGCCAUACUUUGUGUUGUCACAGGUUUGACGUCUCUCAUCAUGCACAUCAAUCAAAGAAGGAUGCGCCGCGACCUCCGCAGGAGAAUAGGAAAUGGCGAAGUCGAUUUAGAGAUCCUGGGAAUCAAACGGCAAAAAGUUCCUCAAAAACUUCUCGAUAAAAUGCCACUGUAUGUAUACACCUCAAAGCUUGCUCCAACCACCUCGCCUACCAAAGAAACAACACCCACCUCUACCCAAGGCUCGUCCCUUACCCAACGCAAAAAUCUACCCAAGCGAGACGUCCCCUUUUCCCAAACCACCUGCCCAAUCUGCCUCGACGACUUUGAACACGACGAAACCGUCGUCCGCGAAUUGCCCUGCCAACACAUCUUCCAUCCGGAAUGUGUCGACGAGUUCCUCCGGACCAACUCGUCACUCUGUCCCAUGUGCAAGAAAUCCGCCCUACCUACCGGCUAUUGCCCCGAAAACAUCACUACCUCCAUGGUGCGAAGGGAACGCGCUUUGCGACGCAUGCGCGAGCUAGGCACUGAUUCUUCACCCCUAUCCUCCAUGCUUCCGGCAUCAGUCCAGCGAUUCCUACCGGGCUGGCUCCUGAGAGCACGGCUCCGUCCCCGGCAGGGCGCGGAAAGGAGAGAUCGACAAGGAUACCGGCCCAAUAGACUAACCCGUCCAGAUCGACCACAGCGAGGAACACCCACGAUCGAUACGCCGUUGCCAACCUCGCUAGGCCCGGCACACACUACAGAUACCGCUGCAUCACCCUCACCAGCAGCAGGCGUAGGGGCCGAUCUCGAAAUGGGCACUCUGACUUCCAAUUCCAAUCCCACAACAAGCCCAGACCCUCUUCCGCUACCCACACUAGAAGACCUCCCGCCAGAAAUCCAGGCCCUCUCCCCCGAAGAACGUAGGGAGUGGGGCCGACAGCGUCUCGCUGCCACUCUGCCUCCUACGGCGGAGCCGGCUGUAGAGGAGAUACCCGCAACGAGUAUGGGGUGGUUCAGGAGGGGGUGGAAGAGGUUGUUUCCUAGCUAG